CACCUAUGUCCUAGUGUGAAGCGUGCUGGGAACGCGUAUUGCUAGUAGAAACUACCUGCUUGCAUACAGUAGACAGGUAGGAGAUUAAUCAGUUAGGUCCUGUACAUAGCGACUUGCAGUACCUACCCCCACCUGACGAUCUCACUAAUCGUGUCAGAGGAAGUCAUCCCGAACCCACCUCUCCCACCUCCCACCUCAUCAAGCAGAAUCAACUUUUCCCACCUCUCCCUACUACUUCUCCUUACGUAUUCCCUCUUCUUUUUUCUCCCACAAUCACAUCGUCACAUCUCCCCCUUCUUUCAGUAAUAGACAAGAGCUCUGUCCAGUAGAUCUGCAAUCAUGGGCUACACCGACACAGAUUGGCUUGCCAUCAACACCAUCCGCGUUCUUGCGGCUGAUGCUACGGCUCAUGCCAACUCGGGCCACCCGGGUGCGCCCAUGGGUAUGGCACCUAUUGCCCACGUCCUUUUCAACAAGUUCAUGAAGUUCAACCCUAAGAACCCCGACUGGGUUAAUCGCGAUCGAUUCGUGCUUUCAAACGGUCACGGUUGCAUGCUCCAGUAUGCCCUUCUCCACCUAUUCGGCUAUGCUGUCUCUAUGGAUGACCUCAAGGCUUUCCGAAGCAUUGACAGCAUAACCGCUGGUCACCCCGAGUCCCACGACACCCCUGGUGUUGAGGUCACCACCGGACCCCUCGGUCAGGGUAUCUCCAACGCUGUUGGUCUUGCUAUCGCCGAGGCCCAAACCGCUGCCAACUUCAACAAGGACGGCUACAAGAUCAUUGACAACUACACAUAUUCUUUCUUGGGUGAUGGUUGCUUGAUGGAGGGUGUUUCUUCAGAAGCUUGCUCUCUUGCUGGACACCUGCAGCUCGGCAACCUGAUUGCCAUCUGGGAUGACAACCACAUCACCAUUGAUGGAGACACCAACUGUGCCUUCACCGAGGAUGUUGUGAAGCGAUAUGAAGCAUACGGCUGGCAGGUCCUCGUCGUCGAUGACGGCGACAACGACCUUGAGGGUAUGGAGAAGGCUCUCCGGGAGGCUCAGUCCGUUAAGGACAAGCCCACACUAAUCAAGCUGAAGACAACCAUUGGUUUCGGCUCCUUGAACCAGGGCACCCACAGUGUGCACGGUGCCGCCCUCAAGGCCGACGACAUUAAGCAGCUCAAGUCAAAAUUCGGAUUCAACCCUGAGGAGAGCUUUGCUGUUCCCCAGGAAGUUUACGAUCUCUACCAUAAGCACUCUGCUGAGGGUGCCGCCGCCGAGGAGGAGUGGAACAAGCUAUUCGCCGAGUACGGCUCCAAGUACAAGGCUGAGCAUGCCGACCUUAUCCGUCGUGUGAAGAGAGACCUUCCAGAAGGUUGGGAGAAGCAUCUCCCUGUUUACACCCCUAAGGACGACGCUAUCGCAUCAAGAAAGCUCUCUGAGACGGUCCUCUCAAAGAUUGAAGGUGUCCUUCCUGAGCUCAUCGGUGGAUCUGCUGACUUGACUGGCUCCAACUUGACCCGUUGGAAGAGCGCCAACGACUUCCAGCCUCCCUCGACUGGUCUGGGUACCUAUGCUGGUCGCUAUAUCCGCUACGGUGUCCGUGAGCAUGCUAUGGGUGCCAUCAUGAACGGUAUCGCUGCUUACGGUACUCUGCUUCCCUUCGGCGGUACUUUCUUGAACUUCGUAUCUUACGCUGCCGGUGCUGUUCGUCUCUCCGCUCUAUCCCAGGAGCGCCUUAUCUGGGUUGCUACCCACGAUUCCAUUGGUCUCGGUGAGGAUGGUCCUACCCACCAACCUAUUGAGACUCUGGCCCACUUCCGUGCGCUGCCCAACACAAUGGUCUGGCGCCCUGCCGACGGUAACGAGACUUCGGCUGCGUACUACGUUGCCUUGACCUCAAAACACACACCAAGCAUCAUUGCUCUCUCGCGACAGAACCUUCCUCAAUUGGAAGGCUCUACUAUCGAGAGGGCUAUUAAGGGUGGUUAUGUAACCCACGAGGUUGAGGGUGCCCAGAUCACACUCGUGUCAACCGGCUCUGAAGUUUGCAUCUGUAUCGACGCCGCUAAGUACUUGGCCGAGAAGCACAACAUCAAGGCCCGUGUUGUCUCUAUUCCUUGCUUCGAAGUCUUCGACACACAAUCCAAGGAAUACAGACUCAGCGUUCUCCCCGACGGCAUCCCAUCACUGUCUGUUGAGGUCAUGAGCACAAUGGGUUGGGAGCGAUACACACACGAGCAGUUCGGUCUGAACAGAUUCGGUGCUUCUGGUGCUUACAAGGAUGUUUACAAGAAGUUCGAAUUCACCCCCGAGGGCGUUUCCAAGCGUGCUGUCGCCACCAUCGAUUUCUGGAAGGAUGUGCCCAACGUCCGUUCGCCCAUCAACCGUGCAUUCCAGCAGAUUAUUUAAACGUGUGGGAGGAGUGACGAUACCAACUUUGAUGUAUUAAUGAUGCCGUACGUAUUUAGUACGAGCCAGGAUCUAUAGACAGCCAAAAUGAAAAAAGUUUCCAAUUAGACAACAUGGGUGUCCUUUAUCAUUAAACGCUGUAAAUUUCAUAUCGCUAUGAACUGACGUACUAGAUUUCCGUGGACUCAAUGCCAUCUUGUGAACGGCAAUACAUCUUCUGAAUACGUUGAAAACGCUUCAGAGAAGCGCAAGCGCUGCCUUACAUAAGUAAAGCCACUUAGAAGUGUUAUCCAAAUCUUCCCUCUGACUUAUUCCCAUGAGGAUAGGCCAUCUGAUGUUGAAC